AAACCGCUGCGGUAAUCCUUCAUUAAUAGUUGGUUUGCAACGAAUCUCUAGAGACACAGAUAACAAUAGUUAAAGGAACAAAUGCAGGUGGACGAACAAAAGAAGCUUAUGAGAUAACAAUUGUUUACGUCCACCAACAUGGCGGCAAUCACGUAUACGUGCAAAUCACCUAGAUAUCGUAUGCUGACCUCAAAACCGGGUGAAUUACGUGAACAAAAUAUCCGUUACAUCUCAGACACGAGUCAGUUAGAAUGAUAACCUUUAAGCUUUCAAGAUAAGUUAUUUAACGGACAGAAUCUGUUCAAUGUUGGUCACUAUUUAGAGCUCAUCGAACGACCUUGGAAUCAAAUAUGGAAUUGGGUUUCACCUUGGCGUAUGCUGUUACUAUGAUCGUUGCUAUGCAAGGAAACAUAUUGCUUAUUUACAUCGUCUGGAAGAAACGCGAGACUAGAACUUUGACGAGUUUCUUGUUCGUCAAUAUGGCGGUAGCUGAUUUACUGGUGACAGUAUUUCAUAUGCCCGUCUCCAUGGCGCACUUUUACGUCACUGGAUUUACUGGUACGUUCGGGAAUAUAUUCUGCCGUUUGCUAUUCUAUCUUGAAGAUGUAUGUACAGCAGCCUCGAUCUUCAGUCUUAUCGUGAUGGCAUUUGAUCGAUAUUUUGCUGUUGUAUACCCUUUGAAACGAAUGAUUUGGUUCCGGAGAGCCAAACAUAUUCUACCAGUCAUUUGGAUCGCAUCCUGGACCUUCAUGGCCGUCACACCAUUUUCUUACAUGGCAAAUGAUAGCAAUGGAAAAUGCUCCUAUACAAAUGAACAUAUCCCAAGGGUCGCCUUUUGGACUUACCUGUUGGUAAUCAACUACAUAUUGCCUCUUACCAUUAUCUGUUUCCUGUAUAUCACAAUUGCGCGAAAGAUAUGGUUCCACGAGAUUCCCGGGCAAGUUGAAACUUCCAGAGUCCAGCCAGAUGGGCAGAUUCCCACGAAAAAAGUUCUUCGAACGCUCAUCAUUGUUGUGGUGGUUUUUGCGGUCUGUUGGUUACCCUUGCAAGUGUUCCGAAUGGACUUUGCAGCGACGGGUAAAGUAUCUUGGCAGCCCGUAGCCAUCUACUUUAUUUCUUGGCUCGGUCAAGCUAACAGUGCCAUAAACCCCUGGCUGUACAUCAGUCUAAAUGGUAAAAUGAAUUCAGCUUUUAAGAGGAUGAUCCGAUGCCACGGACAGAGUAACACUUUGUCAUUCAGAUCAUCCACUACGACGAUGCGUUCAAACACGGCUGUUAGCACAGUAUGAAAUCCUUCAGCGGCCCCUAGUUGACCUGUUUAUAACACUGUAAAUGACAAGUUCUUUUAGAAAGACUGCAGACUUGAAUGCACGUACUUCAUCCAAAGAUUAGACGACGCAAAGGGGAAAGUGUGUAAGGAUCAGUAGUCGAGGGCAAUGACAUCAACUGAGUGCCGCGCCUCGGCUGUUUCGGCUUGAUAUUUAAAAUAUUACAUUUCCGUGCUCAUAUCGGGAAUGAUGUACUAUAUAAGGUUUGAAUGCAAAUAGAAACGUCAAUGAUAUCCUAUAUAGGAACUGAAUAUAAAUAGAGUAUAAUUCGUUUACUUCGAUAUAAUGAGGAAAAACUUUAACUGACUGACUGCCACUCUAUCAAAAUUUUCUUUUUGAAACAUGAUACCACCGUUCUCUCACGGCAUUCAACGUAACGUGUUUACUUUCUUUUAUUUUCCAUAUUGUCAAUAGCGUUUUAGCCUCUAAUUGAGAACCCAUGACUUAAUGUACGAUAGCAUACAUGUUUUCAUCGUGUAGUUAAAAAGCCACAGAAAGCGCUUUAAUCGGGACCAAACUGGCAUCAACUGCCUGUAAGAGGGCGCUGUCAUCUAGUGAGGUUACUGUGUACAUUUAGAUCCGUAAAAUUAAGACAAAUAAUGUUUUGUUCAAAUUAAGGCCUAGUUUUCUUCUGUAAAAUUUCGCGAGUGCUGUUUACCUGAAACUUUAAUUUGCAAUAUGAAAAAAAUAUUUGUGCGUCAAAGGUGUUCACAAUAAAUAAUGUUGUGAUAAAAGCCUAGUCAGAUGAUUGGAAUACCGCUGACAUCUUCGUCGUAGCGAUAAAGGCCAAUUUUCUGCUUUUCAAACAGUAGUGCGUGUUUAGCAGAAAAAUAUUUUUUAAAUAAGUGCAUACGUUUCAGUGGGUGCUGUUUUUAAUAUUUUUGAAUUCGUGACUGCUGUUCACCGGUGUAAAACAACUUCAUUUCACUAAAAAUGUAAAAGUAAAUAAAAAUGUGAU